AUGUCCGAGGACUUGGACUCGAUCAGCGAGGAAGAACGAAGCUUGUUCCAGCCCUUCACAAGAGAAUCAUUGGCCGCUAUCGAAGCCCGCAUAGCUGAGGAGCAUGCCAAGCAAAAGGAACUCGAGAAAAAACGAGCGGAAGGCGAGGUGCGAUACGAUGACGAAGAUGAGGACGAAGGACCCCAACCGGACGCCACUCUGGAGCAGGGCUUACCCCUACCGGUGCGAAUGCAGGGCUCCUUUCCUCUGGAACUUGCCUCCACGCCCCUCGAGGACAUCGACCCAUUUUAUCACAACCAAAGAACUUUCGUAGUCAUAAGCAAGGGUAAAGAUAUCUUCAGAUUUUCGGCAACGAACGCGUUAUGGAUUUUAGACCCGUUCAAUCCCAUAAGAAGAGUGGCGAUAUACAUACUAGUGCAUCCUCUGUUCUCAUUGUUUAUCAUUACGACGAUCUUAGUGAACUGCAUUCUUAUGAUAAUGCCUACCACGCCGACUGUCGAAAGUACUGAAGUUAUCUUUACCGGGAUCUACACGUUUGAAUCGGCGGUGAAAGUAAUGGCCAGGGGUUUUAUACUACAGCCAUUCACAUACCUUAGAGAUGCAUGGAAUUGGCUUGACUUCGUAGUUAUAGCUUUAGCUUAUGUGACGAUGGGCAUAGACUUGGGGAAUCUGGCGGCGCUUAGAACGUUCAGGGUACUCCGAGCGUUGAAGACUGUGGCUAUUGUACCUGGUCUGAAGACAAUCGUCGGUGCGGUAAUAGAGUCAGUCAAGAAUCUGCGCGAUGUGAUCAUCCUGACGAUGUUUUCGUUGUCCGUGUUCGCGUUGAUGGGCCUGCAGAUCUACAUGGGCGUUCUAACGCAGAAGUGUAUCAAGGUGUUUCCAGAGGAUGGCUCGUGGGGCAAUCUCACCGACGAAAACUGGGACAGAUUCUGCAAGAACGAAACGAAUUGGUACGAGGAAGGAGGUGAAUAUCCGCUGUGUGGAAACUCGUCAGGGGCAGGGCAAUGUGAACCGGGUUACGUCUGUCUACAAGGUUUCGGGCCAAAUCCCAACUAUGGCUACACAAGUUUCGACACAUUCGGCUGGGCAUUUCUUUCCGCGUUUCGUCUCAUGACUCAGGACUAUUGGGAAAAUCUAUACCAAUUGGUGUUAAGGUCUGCGGGAUCGUGGCAUGUACUAUUUUUUGUUGUAAUCAUCUUCCUGGGAUCAUUCUACCUCGUGAAUUUGAUCUUGGCUAUCGUCGCGAUGUCCUACGACGAGUUACAGAAAAAGGCUGAAGAAGAAGAGCAAGCAGAGGAAGAAGCGAUGAGGGAAGCGGAACAAAAGGCAGCUGCGCGCGCAGACAAGCAGGAAGCACGGGAAGCGCACGCCCGCGAAGUGGCUGCAGCAGCGGAAGCGGCAGCGUACGCCGAAGCUCACCCAGCGAAAUCGCCGAGCGACUUCUCCUACCAGAGCUACGAGCUGUUCGUGAACCAAGACCGCGGCAACCAAGACGACAACACACGCGAGCGCAUGUCCCUCCGUAGCGACCCCUUCCAGGACUCGGUGAGCACUCACCCCCACGCGCACAAGCCCGCCGAGCACGACGCACGCCGGCCCAGGAAGGUCAGCAUGGUCCCUCACCCUGAACGCAUAAAUAAAUACGGACAGUUGUCAUAUGGGCCACUGCGCGAAGGCUCACAGGCGUCGUUGUCUCUCCCUGGUUCACCGUUCAACUUGCGACGAGGUUCACGCGGUUCUCAUCAGAUGGCAUUACGGCCUAACGGAAGGCCUCGGUAUCCACCCGGCGCUGACCGCAAGCCGCUGGUGCUAUCUACCUACUUGGAUGCUCAGGAGCAUCUGCCAUACGCUGACGACUCCAACGCUGUCACUCCCAUGUCCGAAGAAAAUGGUGCUAUCAUUAUUCCAGUCUACUAUGCGAAUUUAGGGUCACGCCACUCUUCGUAUACAUCCCACCAGUCUCGGCUGUCGUAUACGUCUCACGGAGACCUCCUCGGUGGCAAGGCACAGACGAAGGAGGCACGAUUGCGUGGUCGGUCAGCUUCGCGAAACCACAGCGUGACAUCGCAGCCCCACCCGUAUCCGUUGCCAAAACAGGACUCCUCGCUCGCUUCUCGACCUGUCAGAGAAUAUGAAAUGAGCACGACUGAAUGUACGGAUGAGGCUGGGAAAGUACUGAAACCAACGAACGACAACCCUUUUAUUGAAUCUUCGCAACAGCCUAACGUAGUGGAUAUGAGAGAUGUAAUGGUAUUAAAUGAGAUAAUCGAGCAAGCCGGCAGACAAAGUAGAGCGAGCGACCAAAACGUGUCAGUGUACUACUUCCCAACAGCGGAAGACGAUGAGGACGGUCCAACUUUCAAGGAAAAGCUUUGGGAGUGUCUCAAGAAGGGAAUAGAUUUUUUCUGUGUGUGGGACUGCUGUUGGUUGUGGCUGGAAUUUCAGAAGUAUGUCGCGCUCUUGGUCUUCGAUCCGUUCGUGGAACUUUUCAUCACUCUCUGUAUUGUGGUCAACACUUUAUUCAUGGCAUUAGAUCACCACGACAUGGACAAAGAUAUGGAGAGAGCACUAAAAAGUGGCAAUUAUUUUUUCACUGCGACAUUCGGCAUAGAAGCGACAUUGAAACUAAUAGCAAUGAGUCCAAAGUAUUAUUUCCAAGAAGGAUGGAACAUAUUUGAUUUUAUCAUCGUGGCCUUAUCGCUUUUGGAGUUGGGUCUAGAGGGCGUUCAGGGUUUGUCAGUAUUACGUUCCUUUCGUUUGCUUCGAGUAUUCAAAUUGGCAAAGUCAUGGCCGACACUUAAUUUACUCAUCUCUAUAAUGGGUAGGACCAUGGGUGCCUUGGGCAACCUGACCUUCGUAUUGUGCAUCAUUAUUUUCAUAUUCGCGGUGAUGGGUAUGCAACUGUUCGGAAAAAAUUACGUCGAUUACGUUGACCGGUUUCCUGAUGGAGAUCUUCCCAGAUGGAAUUUCACGGAUUUCAUGCACAGUUUCAUGAUCGUAUUCCGAGUGUUAUGCGGAGAAUGGAUAGAAAGUAUGUGGGACUGUAUGUUAGUGGGAGAUGUCUCUUGUAUACCAUUCUUCCUGGCAACUGUCGUUAUUGGAAAUCUUGUGGUACUUAACCUCUUCUUGGCCCUGUUACUGUCAAAUUUCGGUUCGUCAAGUUUAUCGACUCCUACUGCAGACCAGGAUACCAACAAAAUAGCAGAAGCCUUCAACAGGAUAUCAAGAUUCAUUGACUGGGUCAAGCGGAAUAUAGCGGACUUUCUGAAGUUAUUGAAAAAUAAACUGACCAAUCAAAUAGCGAUACAUGCACCCGGCUUAAAGGCGGCUUUAUGUGGCCGCUGUGUCUCCUCAGAACGCGUCGACAAUGAACUAGAAUUGGGCACCGACCUCGACGACGCCGUCUUGUACAAAGAUAAGAAACUCAAAGAUCAAGUAGAAGUAGCUAUAGGUGAUGGAAUGGAAUUCACAAUACCAGGAGACAAUAAAUAUGAGAAAGGGAAAAUAUUAAUGAAUAAUAUUAAUGCUAUUACGGAUAAUAUUAGAGACAAUCGAUUAGACUGUGAACUUAACCACCACGGAUACCCAAUACAGGACGAUGACACAAUUAGUCAAAAGUCAUAUGGUAGCCAUAAGAUUAGGUCUUUCAAAGAUGAGAGUCACAAAGGAUCCGCGGACACGAUAGAUGGUGAAGAGAAAAAAGAUGCAAGUAAAGAAGAAUUAGGUUUAGAAGAAGAAAUGAUUGAAGAAGAUGAUGAUAAAUUGGAAGGCGAAUUAGGAAAGCAAGACAUCAUCGUAGCAGCAGACGAAGAUGUAGUAGACGACACACCAGCAGACUGCUGCCCCGAGCCAUGCUAUGCUAAAUUUCCUUUCCUCGCCGGAGAUGACGAGUCACCCUUCUGGCAAGGCUGGGGCAUGCUUCGACUGAAAACUUUCAAACUUAUAGAAAACACUUAUUUUGAAACGGCUGUGAUUACAAUGAUUUUACUCAGUAGCUUGGCUUUGGCUCUAGAAGAUGUACAUUUACCACAUCGACCGAUAUUGCAAGAUAUUUUGUAUUAUAUGGACCGUAUUUUCACCGUCAUAUUUUUCAUUGAAAUGUUAAUCAAGUGGCUGGCUCUUGGUUUCCAAAAGUAUUUCACCAAUGCUUGGUGCUGGCUGGAUUUCAUCAUUGUCAUGGUCUCGCUUAUAAACUUCGUAGCGGCGCUUUGUGGCGCCGGUGGCAUUCAGGCGUUCAAAACGAUGCGAACGCUUCGCGCACUGCGACCGCUCAGGGCCAUGAGCCGAAUGCAGGGCAUGAGGGUGGUGGUAAACGCGCUCGUUCAAGCCAUACCAUCUAUUUUCAACGUAUUGCUCGUGUGCCUCAUCUUCUGGCUUAUCUUCGCCAUUAUGGGAGUACAACUGUUCGCGGGAAAAUAUUUCAAGUGCGUCGACCUAAACCAUACAACACUAAGCCACGAAAUUAUACCGGACCGAAAUGCAUGUAUCUUAGAAAACUACACGUGGGAAAAUUCACCGAUGAACUUCGAUCACGUAGGCAAAGCAUAUCUUUGUCUAUUCCAAGUCGCUACAUUCAAAGGAUGGAUUCAGAUCAUGAACGAUGCUAUAGAUUCCAGAGAAGUCGGACGUCAGCCCAUUCGAGAAACAAAUAUAUACAUGUACUUAUAUUUUGUAUUCUUCAUCAUCUUUGGGUCAUUCUUCACACUCAAUCUAUUCAUUGGUGUGAUCAUUGACAAUUUUAACGAACAAAAGAAGAAAGCUGGCGGUAGCUUAGAGAUGUUCAUGACUGAAGAUCAAAAGAAAUAUUAUAAUGCUAUGAAGAAAAUGGGUUCGAAAAAGCCAUUGAAGGCUAUACCAAGACCUAAGUGGCGACCACAAGCUAUUGUAUUUGAAAUUGUAACAGAUAAGAAGUUUGACAUGAUAAUUAUGUUGUUUAUCGGUUUGAACAUGCUGACGAUGACACUGGACCACUACCAACAGUCGGACACGUUCAGUAACGUGCUCGACUACCUCAAUAUGAUAUUUAUCGUAAUAUUUAGUUCAGAGUGCCUGUUAAAAAUAUUCGCCUUGCGAUACCAUUACUUUGUUGAACCAUGGAAUCUGUUCGAUUUCGUCGUUGUAAUGUUUUCUAUUCUUAGUAAGUAAAAUGCUUCUUAUUAUAACGUAAAAAAAAGUUUAAUUUAUAUUUCAGUGAUGAUUAAUAUAUAUUUUGUUUACAGGUUUAGUGCUGAGCGAUAUUAUAGAAAAAUAUUUUGUAUCGCCAACUUUAUUAAGAGUAGUGAGAGUAGCUAAAGUCGGUCGAGUACUUCGACUAGUAAAAGGCGCUAAGGGUAUCCGUACCCUACUGUUCGCGCUAGCCAUGUCACUGCCAGCUCUAUUUAACAUCUGUCUUCUACUUUUCCUAGUCAUGUUCAUCUUCGCUAUAUUCGGCAUGUCAUUCUUCAUGCAUGUCAAGAACAAAGGUGGUCUAGAUGACGUAUAUAACUUCAAAACUUUUGUGCAAAGUAUGAUUCUGUUAUUUCAAGUAAGUCCGAUUUUCAUACGUACAUAAUAUUCAAAUCUUUAUAAUGUCUUUCAUUAAAUGUGUAUUGCAACGAAUACUCCCUUUUAAAGAUGUCGACGUCAGCCGGCUGGGACGGUGUGUUGGACGGCAUCAUCAAUGAAGAGGAGUGCGAUCUGCCCGACAAUGAGCGCGGGUACCCUGGUAACUGCGGUUCUGCCACCAUCGGCAUCACUUACUUACUGUCCUAUCUCGUCAUCUCCUUUCUUAUCGUCAUCAAUAUGUAUAUUGCCGUCAUCCUCGAAAAUUAUUCACAGGCGACGGAAGACGUGCAGGAGGGUCUCACGGAUGACGAUUACGACAUGUACUACGAAAUCUGGCAGAAUUUCGACCCAGACGGCACGCAGUACAUCCGCUACGAUCAACUGUCCGAUUUUCUGGACGUUCUCGAACCGCCGCUGCAGAUCCACAAACCCAACAAAUACAAGAUUAUAUCGAUGGACAUACCGAUAUGCCGCGGCGACAUGAUGUUCUGCGUGGACAUCCUCGACGCGCUCACAAAAGACUUCUUCGCCAGGAAGGGGAACCCGAUCGAGGACCCCGGCGACCUAGAGGUCGGGCGACCGGACGAGGCCGGCUACGAGCCGGUGUCGUCGACGCUGUGGAGGCAGCGAGAGGAAUAUUGCGCGCGACUCAUCCAACACGCGUGGCGGCGGCACAAGCGCGUACACGGCGACGGAGAGGGUGCCGACGGGGUGGAGGGGGGCGCAGGCGCGGGGCCCGGGGCGGGCGGGGACGGCGCAGCAACGGCCGUGCUGUUGGACGCCGUGACGCCCAACGGUCACCGCGUCGUGCUGCAGACGGCGGCGGCGGCCGCGCGCCCCCCGGACCCCGCGCCGCCGCCCGCGCCCGUCUGACCCGCGCUCGCGCUCGCGCUGCUGCCCGCGCUGGUCGACGACGCGCCGCUGCCGCUGCCCGCACCGCUGCCCGAGCUCCUGAGCCCACCCAAGCGCACUUAAUUAUUUUUUACGCUAGACGUUUCGCAUUGUACAUAAUAUGUAGUGUGGCGGCGGGCC